AUGGAAGUGAUUUCUAACAGUUACAUGCCGGGCGAUUUGAGAUUAGUGGAACAAUUGGUGUCCGAAUUGAAAUCUCAAGGCAUAUUCGAUCAAUUUCGAAAAGAGUGCAUAGCCGAUGUAGAUACAAAACCAGCAUACCAAAAUCUAAGACAAAGAGUUGAAGGCACCGUGACUACGUUUCUGAAGCAGCAAACCUGGAACGUCGAAUUGAACAAAAACCAACUGAGGGAACACCUUCGAAAAAAUUUGUACGAAUCGGGCUUCCUCGAAACCGGCGUAGAAAGAAUUGUUGAUCAAGUUGUGAAUCCAAAAAUUAGCACGGUAUUCCUACCGAAAGUCGAGGAAGUGGUCUACAAAUUUUUAGGAGUAGAAAAACCGAACAAUCGUAUUAAAAAGGAAGAGAAGAAAGUUAGUAUUACAGAUUUACUACCAACAGAUCUAGAGGCCGUAUCACCCGAGUCCUCUGAAUGUAGCUUCAAACAUGAAAAGAAAACCGAUAACCAAAAUGAUUCGUUAAAUUCGAGUGGAAAAAUGGAUGAAGAUGAAAGUCCCGCAUUCGAGCCAUUAGGCAACAUUACCACUACUGAUAAUGACCCUCUAGAUGAAGAUAAUAAAAUGCAACUCGAUGAAAACUCCCAUUCAUCUGAAAUAUCAGGCUCACAAAAUAACGAAGCUCUUCAGAAAACAGAAAUGAGGAAUUCUCUAAUCGAUUCGUCAAAUCAAGAUUCGCAAAACAGCAUGGAAACACGACUAUCGAUUGUUACAUCGGAAGAUACAACAAAAAUGGAAAUUUGCGAAGAUUCGAGCACUGACAACAAAAAUGAUGGUAAAUUUGAGGAAGGAAAUGCAGGGAGAAGCACGGAAAACGUAUUUUCCUUCAAAGACUUCAAAAAAGACGAACCAAUGGUUAGCAAAGCGAGUGAAAGAACCAGCGAAUCUGAUAAAAAAGACAAGAGAUCCAAAAGUUCUGAUAAAUACAGAGAUAAGAAAGAUGAUAGACAUAGAAAAAGCAGCUCAUCUAGAGAUAGAGAUAAGUAUUCAUCGAAGCAUUCAUCUCAUAAAACUUCUAAAGAUAGAGACUCUUAUAAAAAAGACUCGAGGGAUAAAGAUCGGAGCAAAGAGAGGAAUGAUAGAGAAAGAGACAGAUCAUCGAAAUAUGAUCGAGAAAAGUCUAAAUCAGGAAAAGAUAAGAAAUCAGAAAGAAGCAAGGAAUCAUCAGCUAAAGAUGAAAAAGAUCAAGACAAAUACAAACAAGAAAAAAGCAAGUCUGAAAAAGAAAAAUCUAACAAAGAUAAACCCAAAAGUGACAAAGACAACUAUGCUAGAGGAAACGAAAAAGACUACUCGAAAAACAAAGAAAAAUCCGACAAGGAUAAAGAAAAAUACGCAAAAGAUAAGCACAAGGAGAAAGAUAACGACAAAGAUAAAAAUAGAACUUCAAGCAGCAGUAAUAAUAGCAACAACUCAAAGCAUGGUGUAGCGAAAGAUAAGAAAAAAGAUUCCAAUCACAGCUCAGACAAAAAGGAAAAACACAACAAAGAAAGCGCCGAUUCUAAAUCGAAGUCAACAGAAAAGAAGAAAAAAGAUGAAACCAACAAGCAUGAUAGCAACAAAAAGGAACCGAAAGACCCUAAAAAGAAAUCCAAAGAUGAUCAUUACAGUUCGAAAAUCAAAAAAAACGACCGCCGAUCGACCGAUAGAGAUUCGAAUGAUGGAGCGUCCAGCAAAAACAACGACACGGAAAGCAUGUCCUCCCGAUCAGAAAGCAACUCUCAGGAACACUCGAAUUCAAGUUUCAGCGGAUCCGGAGAUUCGGGAAACUCCGAUCAAGCCGAACCAACAAACAAAGCUCCUUCAGAAACUAGCGACAAUUCAAAUAAGCUCCACCCUGUGAAAUACAUGAAGCCUAAAUUCGCUUCGAACAUUAACGAAGCCAUGAAAAUAAUGAAAAUACGAAAACAGCUGGCCAGGUUGGAGAAACAAAAUCAACUGAGCCUGUCAACAAUAGACUUGUCAAAUAAAAAUGGCAGUGAAUGUUCUAGUAACGAUCGCUUAUUGUUGAAGGAGAUUUUAGCUAAUAACGAAGUCAAUAAAAUGAAGGAGUUAGAUAAAGAAGUGUUGAUAAAUAAUGUGAGUAUUAUGGAAAAUGCGGAACUGAUGGAGCAGCCGGUUAAAAGGGCGAAUUUAAGUAUGGAGAACUUUGAAGCUUUAGAGGCGAAGCUAGCGCAAGUAAUGUCGCAUGUUAAUUAUAAUUCAUACGAAUCGGAUGAGGAUUAUGAAGUUCCCGAAUACACUUCCAAUAACCCGGAUUCUAAUCUAAAUAAAGACACGCGGAAUAAAAGUGAUGAUGAUUUGUUGAAAAAAGAUUCGAGUAUAUCUGAAAAUACUAAGAACAAUCAAGCGAAUAACAAUCCACUCUCUGGGUUAGAGUGUAAAGAUGAGUGCUUGUAUCUCGAUAAGCCUAGCGAUUACGAAGAGAAAAAUUUGAAGUAUUUGAAAAAUAUUAUUUCACAAUUCGAGGAAGAACGCGAUGAUAAAAGAGGAAUAAAGCGAAAAUUAGAUGAAAGUAUAGUUUUCAAAAACAAUAUCGAGAUGCAAUAUACUGAUAUUGUGCAUAAUAGAAGGGAUUCCAAUAGUUCCAAUAAGGUCGGGUCAAAGGCCAAUAAAAAAAGAAUGUGCAAUAACACAGAUAUAACGCCUGACGAGCAUUUUUCUCUUCCAUUAAGCCCCGCCGAAAGCGAUAAAUCGGGUGAUCGAAAGGAGGAGGAUUUAUUAAUUCCUACCAAGCAAAAGAGAAUUAUACGAGGAUAUUCGCAACGAUACUCGAGCGAAGAUUUGUACAAACCCAGGCCGGUAAUAGGAAGAAGGAAUAAAUUUCCACGACACGUAGAUAAUUAA